AUGAACAAAGUCAUCAAACCCAAAGGGCCAAUAACUGCUAGUAUCACAAUUAAGUGGAAAUUUUGGUCUAAAAUACCCCCUUCAACGUACACUUUUGACUUUGAUAUUUCAAAGAAUUAUUCGAAAAACUGAUUUAUCUACUUAAACAAGGAACUAGCAAAAAAUUUAAAGAAAAAGAUUGAUUAA